UGAGUCAUCUUCAUUUCCAUUUUGAUCGUUCCUUUGUAAUGUUGUUGUAAUAUUUGUAUAUGAUUAUAAUGUUAUUUUUAAAGUCUAUGCCUAUUUUACUUGCAUUGGUGAAUAUUAACAGUGCUAUACAACGUGAUAACUUCCACCAUAAUGUGAAGCGAGUAGUGAGAGACAUUUAUGAGUAUAACCAUCCACCUGCUUUCUCAGUUCCAGUAUCGAUAGUGUACGAAGAAGACCACCGGCAAGAAAAAUCUAUAGAACCAGAUGUGCAUGUACCAAAAUCUGAUGAUCAAGAUGUGAGUGAUGCGACCACCACUGAAACAAGUACUGCGUUGAGUGAGACAACUACAAGCAAAGUUUUAAAAGCUCAUUUUAGUGUAACUGAAGAACCUAAUUCAGGAGACGAGGUGACCAUACCUGUAGCUGUGAUAUACGAUGAGCCUCAACAUUUACCAAAGCCUAUGGCCUCUACUGAAAGCCAUUCACGUAAUAGACGACAAAGAAAACGAAAGUUAAAUAAAUCAAAUACAAAGAACAACGAUGAUAAAAGUCGGAACGUUCAGCAGGAAAAUAAGACUAGUGAACCAACUCAACCUGAAACUAGUACUUUAUUCCCUAAAAGAACAAAGGAACGGGAUCCUAUAGUUCCUAUAGUUCAAUCUGAGAAUUACGUGUUUGCGUACUCAGGAGAUUAUCAUUACAGUUAUGAAGGUGGUGAUGGCACGAGGGCUUCCAUGAAAGGACAGUUAAAAUCGUUUGAUGAUGACAAGACUGGCGAAGCAGUACAAGGCAGCUUUUCGUAUAUUGGAAAAGACGGCAAUGACUACAGCCUGACGUACACAGCAGAUGAGAAUGGUUACAGACCAGUCGGCGCGCACCUGCCCACGCCCCCGCCCAUACCUCCGGCCAUCGCCCGCGCCCUCAAGUAUCUCGCUACCAAGACCACCCCUGCUGAACCUGUGACUGAAUCUUUAUAGGGACGUGAGAAAGUGUAACGAACCCCGAAUACCUGAAAUCUAUGUUUUCAGAAAAUAUUCCGGUUUUGUUUUUGGAUUUGUUUGGUUGAACGUAUUAAAAUACCAAUCACAAAAUAAUUUUAAGGUAAUAGAUAAAUAUGCUGACACCUUUUACCUAAAUUACAUUAAUCGGUCCAAUCCAAAUCUAUAAUUUCAUCAUCAUCAUCAUCAUCAUCUCAGCCAUAGGACGUCCACUGCUGAACAUAGGCCACUUCCAAUGCUUUCCAUGUUACCCGAUUGGUAACGACCUGCGUAAUCUAUAAUUUGCCAAAUCAGAAACAAUAUGGCAUUCAUUCAUUAAGCUUCAGUUCUUGAUGUGAGUAAAUGAAAAAGUUUUGAAAGCAGUGUGUAUUCAUGUACGAGUAAAUUAGCAUAUGACGUUAAAUACAAAACGCUUGUACACAUAAUGUCGUGACAAGUUCUUAGUUUGGCACUUUGUUCAAUUACAAAUUGCACAAACUACUUAAACAUCCAUUGUCGGUAAACUGUUACAAUGUACCUAUUUAAUAAUAUGCUGAUAGCAAAUGCAAUGUUUGGUAUGCGUACUUCAUACCCAACUGUGCAUAUGUGAUAACUUGGAUACGAAGGAUAACUUUCAUGACUAAUUACGUAUCUAUUUGCUGUGUUAUCGUUAAGAAUUUUCCAGGGUGUUUCCAGAGCAGAGCUUUUAUAAACACAUUGUAUUGAUAUUUCAUUCCAUAAAAAUGGAAUAAUAUUAAGAAGAACUA